UUAUGACUGAACCAUUCCGGGGUUAUUUUCUGGUUACACACAGUUUCCUUCCAAACAGCUGUUUUUCACCUCAGUGUUUGAACAGGCGACUGUUGUUGUCUGCACUUUCUGUGUUGACAAUCUGAGCUCUUAUUGAACGUCGAGUCGUUGCGCUGUGGUGGCUGUCAGUCAGUAACCAUGGAGCCCACCUGUCGCAAAGACAAAGUGAAGUUGAACUCCACUCCUACUCGCGGCGACAGGGCCAAGCAGAAAUCCGCCCAGCAGGAACUGAAACAACGACAACGGGCAGAGAUCUACGCCCUGAAUAAGGUGAUGACAGAGCUGGAGCAGCAGCAGUUUGAGGCCUUCUGUAAGCAGAUGCAAUCCCAGGGAGAGUGACUGACAACCUCCCAAUGGCAACCCAGGACCAUAAACCCUAACCUUCAGCAGCCCUGACCCACAGUUCAACUACAGUCUCAACCAGUAAAACAAGAGUAUUUCUUACAUAUCAUACAGACACGUUGAACUGUGAAGAUUGCUGAGCGAUUAACCGAGGGGUAAUUUAUUUUACUUUUUUUAAACAACAAAUUGACCUACUUGGGUUCAAUUAUUUGAAUUCCAUUAUUUUGUUUUCUGUGCACAUUGCACAAUUUCUCUAGAGAUAAAUCAGAUCCUGUUUGAACUGUGCAAUAUAGUAGGGAGUUGUAGUUUCCAACAGACCAAUAUUCUACUUAGUUUUGCGCUUAAAACGUAAUUAACUACAAUGACCAUUAUCCAUUGCGCAUUUACUUGUACGGCCAUUCUUUUAUGCCUGCUACAAAAGAGGCAGAAUAAUGCACAAUCAUGAGGGGGAUAUAGAGAGCAGUUGUUACUUCGAGGUAUCUCUACCUGAAAAUAAAAAAAUCUAUUCUAAGUGAUUGAUAGUUGGUAUUCAGCAGUCAUAAAAGUCUGCCUUAUUUACUUUGAAGAACUACAAAAUAUAGAUUUUGUCAAAGCAUAUGCAGCAGCUCUAUAGAGAUGAGCUGUUGACUUGGAAUGAAAUAAGUCAUAAAACAAAUGUAACAUACACAACUGAAAUGUGAAUAAAUGGUUAAUAAGUGAUAAGCAGCAAUGAGCAGUUACUACCAUCAUGAGACUUUGAUUCAUUGUUUUAUUCUGUAUUACAGCAUUCAACCCAAAUAAUCAAAACCGAAAUCCAAAACCUUUAUUUUUUUAAAUAAUCAAACCGAACAUGAAACGACCUCAACGCACUUAUCGUUUAGCACUAACUGUGAAUCAUUUGCUGAGGGAUAUUUCCAUCCUGGUCUUGUUAUGUAGUGGUCGCCACAGACAUGAUAAGAAUCAUGUGGAUCCCUGGUGGUGUGCCUCUCCUGCCUCUCCUGUCCUCACGCGCUGAAACGGUUGUGUGUUCUGGUAUGUGCAAUGUUGUCACUGCGCCAGUCAAAACAGUUUUUUAGUGCAUGGAGUGUAAGGACAAUAACACACAGACAGACUCAAACACUCUGGGGAUACAGCCAUUGGUUAUCAACAUGCUCCAUAAGUUGUCAUAAGUGGACAUGCGUUGCAUUGUGAAUGUAACAAGACAAGAUUAUUGGCAUAUUCUAAACUCAGCAACAACAAAAAAAUGUCCCCUCUGUCAACUGUGCUUAUUUUCAGCAAACUUAACAUGUUUAAAUAUUUGUAUGAACAUAACAAGAUUCAACAACUGAGACAUAAACUAAACAAAUUCCACAGACAUGUGACUAACAAAAAUGGAAAAAUGUGUACCUGAACAAAGGAGGGGGGUCAAAAUCAAAAGUAACAGUCCGUAUCUGGUGUGGCCACCAGCUGCAUUAAGUACUGCAGUACAUCUCAUCCUCAUGGACUGCACCAGAUUUGCCAGUUCUUGCUGUGAGAUGUUACCCCACGCUUCCACCAAGGCACGGACAUUUCUGGGUGGAAUGGACCUAGCCGUCACCCUCUGAUCCAACAGGUCCCAGACAUGCUCAAUGGGAUUGAUAUCCGGGCUCUUUGCUGGCCAUGGCAGAACACUGACAUUCCUGUUUUGCAGGAAAUCAACGAGCAGUAUGGUUGUCAUGCUGGAGGGUCAUGUCAGGAUGAGCCUGCAGGAAUGGUACCACACAAGGGAGGAGGUUGUCUUCCCUGAAACGCACAGCGUUGCGAUUGCCUGUAAUGACAACAAACUCAGUCCCAUGAUGCUGUGACACACCACCCCAGACCCUCCACCUCCAAAUCGAUCCCGCUCCAGAGUACAGGCCUCGGUGUAACACUCAUUCCUCCGACCACCACCCCUGGUGAGACAAAACCGCGACUCGUCAGUGAAGAGCACUUUUUUCCAGUCCUGUCUGGUCCAGCGACGGUGGGUUUGUGCCCAUAGGCGACGUUGUUGCCGGUGAUGUCUGGUGAGGACCUGCCUUACUACAACAGGCCUACGAGCCCUCAAUCAAGACUCUCAGCCUAUUGCAGACAGUCUGAGCACUGAUGGUGGAUUCCUGGUGUAACUCAGGCAGUUGUUGUCAUCCUGUACCUGUCCCACAGGUGUUUUAUUUUUUUUAAAUUAGGCAAGUUAGUUAAGAACACAUUCUUAUUUUCAAUGACGGCCUGGGAACAGUGGGUUAACUGCCUGUUCAGGGGCAGAACGACAGAUUUGUACCUUGUCAGCUCGGGGGUUUGAACUUGCAACCUUCCGGUUACUAGUCCAACGCUCUAACCACUAGGCUACGCUGCCGCCCCGUGCCGUGUGAUGUUUGGAUGUACCGAUCCUGUGCAGGUGACAUUACACGUGGUCUGAAACUGCGAGGACGAUCAGCUGUCCGUACUGUCUUGGGUGUCUCACAGUACGGACAUUGCAAUUUAUUGCCCUGGCCACAUCUGCAGUCCUCAUGCCUCCUUGCAGCAUGCCUGGGCAUCUUUCUUUUGGUGUUUGUCAGAGUCCGUAGAAAGGCCUCUUUAGUGUCCUAAGUUUUCAUAACUGUGACCUUAAUUGCCUACCGUCUGUAACAUGUUAGGGUCUUAACGACCGUUCCACAGGUGUAUGUUCAUUAAUUGUUUAUGGUUCAUUGAACAAGCAUGGGAAACAGUGUUUAAACCCUUUACAAUGAAGAUCUGUGAAGAUAUUUCCGAAUUAUCUUUGAAGACAGGGUCCUGAAAAGGGGACAUUUCUUUUUUUUGCUGAGUUUAUAUACAGAGAAGGACUGUGUAAUGAAGAGGUGUUCAGUUCCAGUCCCAGAGGGCCACAUGGGAUGGCCAGGCUUAUUUGCACCCCUACAGGACUAGAUAUGCCCACGCGUUGGUGUAAUCUAUUCAUAAAUAUGGAUGUUAUGGAUCUGAGGUGCUACCACUUUUCCACUCCAAGCCAAAGCUUAACAUCACCCUUCUCCCCGUAUUGCCUAAAAGACAAAUCAUGACCAAGAUUUAAAGAUUUAAUAUUCAUCUUUUGUGGAGUCCUAAAGUGAAUGUCCACAGUGCAAAUUAUAAUAUUCUUCCAUCUAACUCUCAUAAUCUACAGUAUGUCAAUUAAUGGUGCUUAUGGUUACUGCUUGGUUUUAAACACAUUUGUAGACUAGCCUAUUGUUUGUACUAGGGCUAUACAGCAAUCUGUAUAAAACAGGCUAAUGUCACUGAUACAGUUCUGUCAAUUACUGUAUCCUAGUUUAAGCUGUCCACUUCCACACCGUUAUAGUGACAAUCUUAACUGUAGGCCUACCACCUUUUAUUGUUCUGUUGGUUCAUGUUUGAUACACUGUCGUUCUGUUUUUAAAGCAUGGUUUUAAUAAAUCUUAUGAUUUGAAAAUGUG